AUGGGGUGGUCGAAGUCGACGCGCAUCAAGGUGAUGCUCGUCAUCGACGUCAUGUUCUUCGUCCUGGAGCUCACUGUCGGCUUCAUGGUUGGGUCACUGGCGCUGAUGGCAGAUGCCUUUCAUAUGUUAAACGAUAUCAUCUCACUGCUCGUCGGUCUAUGGGCCGUCUCUGUAGCGGCAAAGGCAACCACCAACAGAUUCUCAUACGGAUGGGUUCGUGCCGAAAUUCUGGGUGCGUUCUUCAACGCUGUCUUCCUCAUCGCCCUUUGCGUUUCUAUCGUACUCGAAGCCAUUUCACGACUCGUUGAUCCACCUGAUAUCGAAAACCCUCAACUCAUCCUUGUUGUGGGCUGCAUGGGAUUGGCGUCAAACUUGGUUGGCUUUGUCGUUCUUGGUGGACACGGACAUUCGCAUGGGCCUGGGGAUCACGACCAUGACCACGCCCACGACCAUGGCGACGGACACUCGCAUACACACGAAGCAGAUGUUAGCACGGCAGAGGAGGGACGCGCCGGCUACCGGGACCUGGCAUCGCCCAUCAACGAGCAGCCUCCUGCUUUGAUCCCUGAAUCUCCGGGUGGAAACAUUCGAUUUUCAACUGAUAGUCAUUCUCGCCAAGGUUCUCGUUCCGGGCACAAGAAACGUCUUCAGGCUGCCCGGCAGCACGGCCGUUUGAGUAUAGACGAUAUCAGCAUCCACCCCGCCAGUUUCCGACAGGAGAUCAUCGCCGCUACCAAACCCCCGGUCGAUGAUGGAUCCAGCAGCGACAGUAAUACUGAGGAUGAAAGUGCGCUCCUUGACGGGCCUGCUCAGGAGGAGCAGCCAUUGCUUGAGCAAAGCGGAGAUGCUGUGAUUCCGGAAGAGGCGGAACCUGCGCAUACUCAUGGGAAACGGUCUAGGCGCAACUCGGUCGUUCACAUUUCGCAUAAUCACAACAAGCCAAGGAAGCCUGGAAAGAAGCACGGCCACAGUCACGCCGAUAUGGGAAUGGACGCCAUGGUUCUUCACGUACUGGGAGAUGCGCUUGGAAAUGUGGGUGUCAUUGCGACCGCGCUCAUCAUUUGGUUGACAGACUGGAGCGGCAAGAGAUACGCUGAUCCAGCGGUUUCUCUAUUCAUCACGCUCAUCAUUCUCAAAUCGGCCAUUCCUCUCACCAAGGCGACCUCCAAGGUUCUUCUUCAGGCCACGCCAGAAAACAUCGACCUGCAAGAAGUCAAGGAGGAUAUCCAGUGUCUUCCCGGGGUUGUCAGCUGCCACCACGUCCAUAUCUGGCAGCUCUCUGAUACCAAGAUCGUGGCCUCGAUGCAUAUCAAGGUCGCCUUCCCUCUCUCCGAGGCUGGUGGCGCGAGAUACAUGGAGGUGGCUAAGAUGGCUAGGAAAUGCUUGCACGCCUACGGUAUUCACAGCGCUACGAUCCAACCAGAGUUCUGUUUGGAUGAGGGGCAUGACCACGAAUCGGUGGUGAAUAUGGGGUUGGAUGGCUCAACAGUUAUCGCGGCGCCAAGGUGUGGAGAGCUAGAGGAGGAGGAUGCGUGCCUCCUGGACUGUGUUGAUGACUGUGUUGGGAAGGGGUGCUGCAACACUUCUGCAGCUGGAUCACGGCCAGAAAGCAGCCAUUCUCACUCACACUCGGAUCACGAUCACAGCCAUGAUCACGGCCAUGAACAUCGCCAUUAG